AUGUGGAAAAACUGGACCCCUCGUGCACUGGUGGGAACGACAUGGACAUGUCUUUGGGGACCACUAAUCUGCCCACUGCAAGCAGCAACCUCCAGGGAAGAGAGGACUGGAUGUCCACCCCUUGCCGGACCCCAAGGGUCAGGGGCUUGGGAAGCAAACAGUAACAGUGAGAGUCUUGCUGGUCAUGGGUCACAGGAGCCCCCAGGAGACCCUGCCUGUGCCAACGGGCGGCCCCUGCUGAGACACAGGAACGCUGGGGCAGUGACCCUGCCGUGCCGGCGCCAGAACCGGUCACCCAGCGCGGCCUGCAGCUCCUCGCCAGCGGCCAAGGACACCUUUGAGAAAAAGUUCGGUCCCCUGUCCCCGUCUCCGAGUCCCUGGGAGACACCGCCGUCCUGCGCCACCGCCCACCUCGGCAGCCCCUACCGUCACCCCGCCGGUCUGCCGGGACUCCCGGAAGCCGCUGUGCGCGGCCCAGCGUGCCCCGAGGCUCUGGGUUCCCUGCCCUGGGCAGAGGCAGCCAGCUACAGCAUCGGGGGUUUGAGGAGUGCGCGCACCACUUACAAACACGCCCUCCAUCCACUUCCUGCCUGUGUCUCUCCUGCCCCCGCGCCCCGCCACGGUUCUGCCACGUGCCUCCACUUCCGGCUGCACACCUCUCGGCGGGUCUCACCGGGGCCUCUAGGCCGCCCUCCGGUCCCCAGGUCCCGCCGGGGUCCCCCAGGGCCGUCCGCAGCCAAGCCCCUUCCUUCCCGCCUGUAGCCCGCGCCCAGGGAGCCCCAGCGUCGCCUCAUGCCUUCCCCACCCACCCAAGGUCGCGGCGAGGGUCCCGGCCCCCGGGGCCUCUGCCGGCCAUUUCCCCAGGCCGAUUUUCUGGAGUUUUCCGAGUCAGACCAGCGCUGGGGGCUGACCCCCGCGUGGCCUUGUCAUGAUUAGGUUCAGGUUAAACAUUUCUGGUCGCGAGUCACACGGAUGUCAGCGGCCCCGCGCCCAGCCUUGCGGACUUGGUCACUCAUUUGGUUAGGGGGUGUUUGAGCCACAUCUUUAUUGCAAAGUACUUUUCUACACCUGGGGAAGAUCUUCUGCACCAUGAACGGUUUUAAGAAACUAUGCUGUCAUCAUACACAACUUUGUAUCCUGGUUUUUUACUUAGCAGAUUGAAUUGUGAAUGUCUUCUCAUACAAUUAAACAGCUCCAACAGCUGAUUUGGGCGCUCCCUAAAUUGCAGCCUGCGGGGGUACUGUACUUAAUGAGCAUGACUCCGGGCUUACAGAUGGACGCUUGGCCACCGCACGUUUUUCUGGGCUCGCUUGCUGAUGUAUUUUCAGCUGAGAACAAUGUCUGGCAAGUAGCAGGAGCUCAGUAAAAAGUUUUGAAAGGUCGAACUCAGCUUGAAUCCAGUUGUCCAAUAUUACAGGAAUUGCCUGUGUGCAACAUCCUGGCGCACAAACCUUCGCGUUGAUUUUAGGAGGCUCAAACAUUUAUGAGAAGGGAAACAUUUCUGUUGAUGGAGUGAAAAAUAAGGCUGCAAAGUCACACGUGUGCUCAGAUAUGUGGAGAACCAUCUGAGAGAAAAUAGACCAAAAAUUCAACAGGGAUUAACGCUGAACAUUUGGAUGGUGAAAGGUUUCGAUUUAUUAUGAAAGUUCCUC